AUGCAUGGUUUGAUUUUUAGUAUCACUAUAGCUUUUAAUGGUGUAUGUCAUAAUGAUUAUUAUUCUACAAAUGAUAAUUACAAUAAAACUCAUGGAAGUGGAACAAUAACAUAUUUGACUUAUUAUGGUACAGGAUCAAAAUUAAUUUUCUUUCAACUAUUAUCUGAUAUACCUUGUUGCUUAUUUUUUUCAUAUAUCAGUAUUGAAUUACCUAUAUUAUUUUUUAAACGUAUUCGAUCUAGAAAAUUGAGAGUUAAACAAUUGACACGUGAACAAAAACAUCUUUUACAUUCAUUAUUACCAGAUUCGGCUGAAUCACAAUAUGUGAAAAACUUAUUUCGAUUAACGAAUAUAAAUAUAUCAAUAAAUCGAUUGGCACGUCUUUCUCAAUCUAUCUAUACAUGGCGAAAUGAUUUUCGAUUUUCAUCACGUGUACUUUGUAUUUAUGCAUCAAUUUUUUGUCUACUUUUCUUUCUUACUUUACAAGCAUAUGUUCAAAUUCCUUCAUUUCUCGGUGCAUUACGUAUUAAGUUACAACAAUUUAUAAAUUUGUUAAUAAUAUUCAUCAUUCAAGGUGAUUAUAAUUUACAAGAAAUUGAAGAUUCAUCUUCUGAUUUUCCUAUUCCUGAUCUUGUUCGACCUUAUUUAAUUGCCAUAUUUACAGCUCUCAUAGUAAUUUUUAUACCAAUUACUUGUUUUAUUAAAAUUUCACGACGUGUUUCUUCACGAAAUAUUGAUUAUGCCUAUGAAAAUAUUCAUUUUGGUGGUUAUUUAAUCAGUUAUGUUUUAUGGUGUUAUAUAUUAGUAGCAUUUUUUGUCAUGAUUAUAGGUGUUAUGAUUGAUAUAAUUAUUACUUAUGGAAUGGUACGAUUUAUAGAAGCGAUACUCAAAAAAAUUAUUCCUCUUUUACUUUUUGCCAUUUUUCAAAUCUAUAUGAAUAAAAUCUUAGCACAAUAUAUAUUUCUUCAACAAGGAGGUGAUAUUUUAUCAAUUAAUCAUCGUAGCAUAAUGAUGAUUUUCUUAUAUUUUAAUUUUUUUCUUGAUGCAUUUCUGGGUUUAAUUUCAUCAAUUAUUCGUGUACUAACGAAUAUGAUUGGUGGUAUAAUAUAUAUGUGUCGACUUGAUUGUUCUUCAAUGGGUCGAAAACUUGAAACAUUAGAAGCAGGUUCUAGUGCUUAUUGUGGAUUUAUUCAUAUGGAAUGUGCUCAUCGACAUCCUAUAUUACUUUACUUUACUAGUAUUCUACUUCAUGAACAUUUAUAUAGAACAUCAACAACACGUUGA